AAGAAGAACAAAACUGCGAAAAUACAAGAAAUCUGAUAGUACAAGAAAACAUAAAAAAAGAGUUUUUUAGAUUCAACUAAGAAAAAUGGCGAGCACUGUGAUGACUACAUUGCCACAGUUCAAUGGUCUUCGUGCCACCAAGAUCUCUGCAGCCCCUGUUCAAGGCCUGGCUGUUCAGUCCAUGAGACGCAAGGGAACGGGAGCUUUGGGUGCCAAGUGUGACUUCAUUGGUUCAUCAACGAAUCUGAUCAUGGUAACAUCGACAACGCUGAUGCUGUUCGCGGGGAGAUUCGGACUAGCGCCAUCAGCCAAUAGGAAGGCGACAGCUGGACUUAGGCUAGAGGCACGUGACUCUGGUCUACAAACUGGUGACCCAGCCGGGUUCACGCUGGCCGACACAUUGGCUUGUGGUACCGUUGGUCAUAUCAUCGGCGUUGGAGUUGUCCUCGGCCUCAAGAACAUCGGUGCUAUUUAAAUUUGUUUGAAGCUCUCUUUUUUAUUUGAAUAUGUAAAAUGUGUAGAUUUUUAUAACAAUGUUCUCAUGAUGGACAAGAGGGAGGAGGGAGAUCUAAUGAAAGUUGCAAGUCUUUAUGUUUAUAACAUU